AUGCAGACCUUGUCUAAAUCAACCGGUGAACGAUAUGCCAAGUAAUGAGCUUUGAACCCCACAGAUGAAAAUUUUGAUUCCUACCAAAAUGUGAACACUUGAUUUCCUAAUGGAACCAGCUGUUAGAUUCUACUUCAAUGAGCAUGUGCAUUCUUCAAGAAGUCACGUAAUAGGAGCUACAUGUUAUAUAUGAGAUGUGCAAUGCAACAGAAAGAGCUUCAUCUGGGUUUUGGCAUUAAACAGUUACGAUGGCAACCCCAAAGUCUACUAAUCAUCCUCAAGUUUGGCAUUUUAAUCUUGAGGAGGGAAUGCAGCUUCAGGUUUAUGUGUUUGGGUCUUCCAAUGGAUGCAACUCAAGGGUUGAACUUCAACUUAAGAACUGUUCAAGGACAUGGAUUCUUCAUUGGGGUGGCCUUGACCGUGGGCAAAAGAACUGGGUCAUUCCGGCUGAUCAUCCUUGUGGAACAAAAACCUAUAAGCAGAUUGCGCUGCAGACACCUUUUAUGAGGAGUGGAGACAUCUACUUGAUCGUCAUUGAGCUGCGGGAUCCUAAGAUACACGCUAUUGAAUUUGUUUUAAAAGAUGGCAGUCGUGAUAGAUGGUUGAAACUGAACCAAGAAAAUUUUCGAAUUGAGAUACAUGAGAAUGAGUCUGUUACUUCUCAUCUAUCUAUACCAAAGGAUUUGGUAGACCAGAAGGCAUAUUUACUCUGGGAAAGUAAGGGAAAGCCAAUAAGCUCACCACAACAACAAAAGCAAGACUCUGAAGAUGCUUUAAGAGAGCUCCACAGGGAAUUUUCAAGGGGGAUUUCCUUGGAUGAACUGCGGAAUGGUAUUCAGGGAACAAGUACCAGAAGGAUCAAUGAUAAUAGAGCACUUUCUGAACGUCUUAACAGUCCAAUUUCAUCCAUUUGUCAGAAAAGGCGUGAUGUUGGCCAGUGGUUGCACAAGUAUUCGGAAAGACAAUCCAAAGGCACCCAUCUGCCAGUAUCAGUUCUACUGGAUCUUGUUGAGAAGUAUAAGGGAGGAGAUAAUGUGAUCCUGCGGCAAAGUUUCCGUGUUGGUGACUUUGAAAUAGUGGUUCUUUUGAGAACUACCAUGGCUGACCAUCGGAUGUUGGUUGCUGUUAACAUGAAAGGCACCACAGUGCUUCACUGGGGUAUGUCAAAGUCAUCUUCUGGAGAAUGGUUGACCCCUCCAUCAGAUAUAUUACCUGAAAGGUCAAAGCUGCUUAAUGGUGCAUGUCAGACUUAUUUUAAGGAUAUGCCCACUGGAGAAGGGUUUUUUCAGUUUGUGGAUAUCAAUCUCCAACAAAGGGAUUUUCUGGGAGUUCAGUUUGUCAUCUGGUCUGGCGGAUCUUGGAUAAAAAACAAUGGAUCUAAUUUUUUUGUUUCCCUGAAACCAACAGACCAUAAAUUUGGAAAGGGGGAUAUGGAUGGAAAAGGUACUGUUAAAUGGUUACUUGAUGAAAUAUCUGAGAGGGAGAAGCACGCUGAGAGAUCAUUAAUGCACAGGUUCGACAUUGCAACAGAGUUGACUGAGCGCUGUCAAAGUGAAGGAGAGUUGGGGCUUAUUGGUGUAUUUGUUUGGUUGAGGUUUAUGGCAUGCAGGCAACUUACAUGGAAUAAAAAUUAUAAUGUGAAACCUCGUGAGAUCAGCGCAGCUCAAGAUAAAUUUACAAGUUUCCUGGGAAAAAUAUAUUUGAACCAACCAAAUGAUAGAGAAAUUGUGAGACUAAUGCUGGCAAGCAUUGGCCGUGGAGGUCAAGGUGAAGUUGGGCAAAGAAUCCGUGAUGAAAUACUUUUGCUCCAGAGAAAUAAUGACUGUAAGAGUGGGAUGAUGGAGGAGUGGCACCAAAAAUUGCACAAUAACAGCAGUCCUGAUGAUGUGAUAAUUUGCCAGGCUCUAUUGGACUAUGCCAGAUGUAAUUUUAAAAUUGAUGUUUAUUGGCGUACGUUAAAUUCAAAUGGUCUUACAAGAGACAUCCUUGCAAGUUAUGACCAUCCAAUUGUUUCAGAGCCCCGUUUCAAGGCUGAUACCAAGGAAGGACUUAUCCUUGACCUUACAUCGUACUUGAGGACGUUAAAGGCUGUUCAUUCAGGUGUUGACCUUGAAUCUGCGAUAGAAUCAUGGCUGAGUUACUCUUCCAAGCGUCCUGGAAUCCAAGUAAAUUCUGUUGGUGGUUUAUCACUAAAGUUACAGGAAUGCCUGAAUUUCGCCAAAGUGCAUAUUAAUGACAAGAGCAUUCAUCCAGUGAUGGAGAAAUUAUUAGAAUCCCGAAUUGAGCUUCACCCAAUUCUGCUUAAGUCUCAUGAAAGGUUUAAAGAUUUACUCUUCCUCGAUAUUUCCUUGGCUUCGGCUGUUAGAACAACUAUGGAAAGAGGACUCAAGGAUCUUGACGAUUCUCAUCUGACAGAUAUCUUUUUCUUUGUUAGUUUGAUGCUUGAAAAUUUAUGCCUAUCAACAGUCAACAAUGAGGACGUCAUUUAUUGCACUAAGGACUGGUAUUGUGUCUGUGAAUCAUACAAACCAAACAAUGUACAAUGGGCAUUACAAACAAAAGCUGUGCUUGAUCGAAUUCGGUUGGUGCUCACUGAUAGGGCCCAGCAUUACCAAAAAAUGAUCCAGCCAAGUGCACAAUAUCUUGGUCAUUUACUUGGUGUAGAGAAGUGGGCAAUAGAGAUUUUCACGGAGGAAUUAAUUAGGGCAGGCUCAGCACCUGUUCUCUCCAUGCUUAUCAACCGUCUAGACCCUAUUCUUCGAAAAAUUGCAAACCUUGGCUGUUGGCAGGUUAUCAGCCCAGUGGAGGUGUGUGGUUUUGUAACUUCUGUCAAUGAGCUGAUUACUGUGCAGAGCAAAGUCUAUGGAAAACCAACAAUUAUUAUUGCAAAUAAGGUAACCGGAGGGGAAGAGAUUCCAGAUGGAGUUGUGGGUGUGUUGACCCCUGAUAUGCCAGAUGUUCUGUCUCAUGUUUCCAUUAGAGCAAGAAAUAGUAAGGUAUGCUUUGCCACAUGCUUUGAUCAGAGAAUUCUUAGAGAUCUGAGACUGAAGGAAGGCAAAGCAAUCUCAGUGCGACUGAAAUUUUCAAAUCUGGAAAUUAGUGAUAUCAGUAGCUCAGAUUUAUCUGUCGGUCACACUGUUAUGUCUUCCAUUCCUCGUGGAGUCACUUUAAAGAAAAAGACCUUGGGUGGUAAAUAUGCGGCUUCAGUUGAGGAGUUCUCAAGUGAGCUGGUUGGUGCAAAAUCUCGCAAUAUUCAAUAUCUAAGAGGAAAAGUGCCAUCAUGGAUAAAAGUUCCAACAUCAGUUGCCCUACCAUUUGGAGUCUUCGAGAAUAUCCUUUUAACUGACCUAAACAAGGAUCUAGCGAAUAAAGUUUCCUGUUUUGAUAGACUCGUACGUGCUGGUGACCUCUCAAAACUACAAGCUAUACAGGAAACUAUCCUACAAAUCAGCGCUACUCCUACAUUGAUCAAUGAGCUUAGGAGCAAAAUGAAAAGUUUACGGAUUCCCUGGCCUGGUGAUGAAGGUGAGCAGAGAUGGAAACAAGCUUGGCAAGCUAUAAAGAAGGUUUGGGCUUCAAAGUGGAAUGAAAGAGCAUAUAUUAGUUGUAGAAAAGCUAAUGUGAAUCAUGAUCACCUUUGCAUGGCUGUAUUGGUUCAAGAAGUAAUUUGUGCCGACUAUGCUUUUGUCAUCCAUACAAGAAAUCCCUUAACCGGAGACACAUCAGAGAUUUACACUGAGAUUGUCAAGGGCUUGGGAGAAACCCUGGUGGGUGCCUAUCCUGGACGAGCUAUGAGCUUCAUUACCAAGAAGUCUGAUGUGAAAUCCCCUAUUGUUGUUGGUUAUCCAAGCAAGCAUAUAGGCUUAUUUAUGAAAAAGCAGUCGCUCAUAUUCAGAUCAGACUCCAACGGCGAGGACUUGGAAGGUUAUGCAGGUGCUGGGCUUUAUGACAGUGUAAUAAUGGAUAAAGAAGAGGAGGUCGUGUUGGAUUACUCUUGUGACCAGCUAAUUGUUGAUAAAAGCUUCCAACGUUCAUUGUUCUCAAAAAUUGCAGAAGUGGGAAUCAUCAUUGAAAAUUUGUACCGUUCUGCCCAGGACAUAGAGGGGGUAGUGAAGCAUGGAGAAGUUUAUGUGGUUCAAACAAGGCCACAAAUCUAGUAGUAGCAGCAUCAAGUGUUGUAAUAACAGGGGAGGUGGGAAUUCCAAUAAAUUGCCAGUACACUUAAGCAUCAUGGCUUCAUGCAUUUGUAUUGAACUUUUAAUUCUAUGGUUUUU